UGUAAGGUGUGAUAACACAAAAAAACAUGUUAAUAAAAAACAAAUCAUUGUUAAAAAUUAUUUAUUAUGUAAACUACUCUCUUUGUAAAUAUUAAAUAAUACUAAAGAUUAUAAUAAUAAUAAACUUAAUCUGUUGUUUCUUUGUUUUACAGAGAAACCAGUGGUUAUUAUUAUUAUUAGAUAAUAUUAUUGUUAAAGAUAAUAACCCCAUUAUAAAACAACAGAAUUUGUUUAUAAUGUCCAAAUUUCAAUUUGAAUUUAUGGUGGUUACUUCACCUAAAGAUCCUAAAACAAAUGUAAUAGCCUUAACCUCGAUUUGUACAGAGGAUGGUAAAAAAUAUAUAUUGCCAGAUGAAUUUAGAUACAUGGGAGAUCAUGUAGAAUUGAGAAAAACAAACAACUAUACAAAAUUAGUCAAUUCUUUAAAGAAAAGAAACCAAAUAAGAAAAGUGUGGAUUACGAUGACAAAGGAAUUAAAGGAGACAUACAUUGACGAAGAUGGAAAUUUACAGUUUAAAGACCAAUAUUUAGAAGAAAUAGAUGAAGAGAACACAAACUUAACACAAGAUCAUAAUCUAAAAGAAAUAUUAGAAAAACUCAUAGAAACGACAAAAUAUAAAGAUAAAGAAAAAAAUUUAAAACAAAUAUCAGAAAAACUUUUAAUAGAAAAAUUUUCAAGCAAAACUUCUAAUUCUACACAAUGGAUGGAAAGCUUUGAAAAAGAGUGCUCUAGAUUUGAAAUUGACAAAAAUGAAGAUAAAAUUGAAUUAUUAAAAUUAUUUUUGGAUAAACCAAGUUUAAAUUGGUACUCUUCUACACUCAUAAGACUAACAGUAAAUGCAGGUUGGUCAGAAUGGAAAAAUAGAUUUUUAGCAUGCUCCACAAAAUAAUCAAGAGCUAAUAAAAAUUCUCAUAAGAAUUUUCACAGUGGGAGGGGGAGAUGUAAAGAAAAUAUUUUCUAUCUCUAUAAUAUGAUAAGAAAGUGUAAGGUGUGAUAACACAAAAAAACAUGUUAAUAAAAAACAAAUCAUUGUUAAAAAUUAUUUAUUAUGUAAACUACUCUCUUUGUAAAUAUUAAAUAAUACUAAAGAUUAUAAUAAUAAUAAACUUAAUCUGUUGUUUCUUUGUUUUACAGGU